UCUAUCAAACUCGUUCAACAUGGCCGACGAACUAGAGGGAAAUGCGCGUAAGAAGAAGAGGAAAGAAACCAUUCCUGGUGUAGUUUAUAUGAGUCGAUUACCCCCAUUCAUGAAACCAGCUAAAAUAAGAAACAUAUUUUCACAAUAUGGAGAAGUAGGACGACUAUUCUUGCAGCCAGAAGAUGCUGCUGUGAGGAAAAAGAGAAAGAAAUAUGGUGGAAGUGGAAGAAAGUUAUUUACCGAAGGAUGGAUCGAGUUUAAAGACAAACGAAUAGCAAAAGCUGUUGCUUUGAGUUUGAAUAACACACCUAUUGGGGGAAAGAAAGGAGGAUAUUACCAUGAUGAUAUAUGGAAUAUAAAAUAUCUUCCAAAAUUUCUUUGGGGACAUUUGAGUGAAAAAAUCGCAUACGAGAAAGCUACAAAAGAACAAAGAAUGAGAACUGAAAUAUCCCAGGCUAAAAAGGAAGCCAACUUUUAUAUACAAAAUGUUGAGAAAGGAAAAGCCAUAGAUGCAAUGAAAACUCGUAAAAGAAAGAGGGCUGAUCAGAAACCUGAAGAGAAGAGGUUGAGAACCUUCAGGCAGCAUCAAGUUGUUGAAGAUCAGAAAAUGACAGAGAUCAACCCUGGGAAAUCCACCGAAAAAGACGUAGGGAAGUCACUCAGUAAAGAUCUAUUGAGGAAGGUUUUCACCUCAGUCAGUGGAAGAUGAUAUUUGACAUGCAGCUCUGGGUAGUGUUGGUUAUACUAUCACAUAUGUAGUGGUGGUUAAAAUGAAAUUCGUCCUGGUUGAUUUGCUUUUAAUCUCCGCUUUUGUAUAAGAGCACCAGGUACCAUAACGUCAGAUUCAAAAACCCACUAAACCCUGUCAUACUUGCUGUUCAUUUCAUGUCUCCGUCACCGGUGGCUCAAAGAUUUCCAGGACUUCCAUGGUUUGUGACAGGCUGAUGACUUUUUCCAUUCAGUUCAGUAGCCAUAGCUAACACUAAUGAAUCAAUCAACUGGUGAUAAUUGAUUAGGCACCAGCUUUACAUAAACAAUUACAGUGCCCUAAGGAAAUGGAAACAGAACAUUCUUUGUGAAGCCGAAAAAAUUUAAUGUGGAUAAAAACCUUUUAUGAUUAUACUUGCAAAUUAUUUGGGUCAGCCUCUAGAUCUGCAAAUUUUUGUUCUAGGAUCUUAGUGUUAGGUUUUUAAAUCUUAUGAAUGAUAUAACUAUUUUUACACUGCUUAUUGUGUACAAAAAAUGUUAAACAAUUUACGUCAUAAAUGAUGACAGAUUCGCUCACAAAACGUUCUCAAGGUUUGAUAACAAUUCAGUUACUCUCUAUGAAGUUAUUUUGUUUAAGUAGGCCCAAACUGGGAAUCUUAAGUUUAUUUUCCAUUGUACCAGUUUUCCAUUUUACAGUCUUUUUGAUGAAAAAUUGUGCAAACCCCCCUGUGGGAGGUUUUGGGCUAAACUUAAUCUUA